AUGGCGGUCGCCAUUUGCCUUGCAGUCGGCUGGCGCUCAGAGUGGGGCAGGGGCUGUCGCCUCUCUGAGGGAGUCGGCGCUAGCGCGGCUCGUCACUACCGCCGAGAACAUUCAGCUUUGGAACAGAACUAUAAUGCAUGCAGUUGGGUUUGUGUAUGUCAACAACUGUUAGCUUGGGUAGCCUGUUACUUCGAAACAGCUGGAGAAAUGCCAAAGAUCUCAAGUGUCUUGAAGGCUGUCAAGCUUUUGCUUUUUAUGUUUGUUGUUGCAGCAGCUGAGAAUACAGCAAGUCCUGAAGCAAACUGGAUUAGGAAGCCAUUGUAUGGAUUGUUUCAAUAUAAUUCCAGUAUGAUUGGACUAGAAUCAUUAGCCGAUCCCUCAGAUACCUGGGAAAUUAUAGAGACUAUUGGGAAAGGCACUUAUGGUAAAGUCUAUAAGGUUGCCAAUAAGAAAGAUGGGAGUCUGGCAGCAGUAAAGAUUCUGGAUCCUAUCAGUGAUGUAGAUGAAGAAAUUGAAGCAGAAUAUAGUAUUUUGCAGUUUCUUCCCAAUCAUCCUAAUGUUGUUAGAUUUUAUGGGAUGUUUUACAAAGCAGAUCAAUAUGUGGGAGGGCAGCUCUGGCUAGUACUUGAGCUGUGCAAUGGAGGUUCUGUCACAGAGCUUGUCAAAGGCCUGCUGAAGUGUGGCCAACGGUUGGAUGAAGCUAUAAUCUCAUACAUCUUAUAUGGUGCUCUCUUGGGCCUUCAGCAUUUACACAAUAACCGGAUCAUUCAUCGGGAUGUGAAAGGGAACAACAUUCUCCUGACAACAGAAGGUGGAGUCAAGCUCGUUGACUUUGGUGUUUCAGCCCAGCUCACCAGCACACGGCUGCGUAGAAACACCUCAGUGGGAACACCCUUUUGGAUGGCACCUGAGGUCAUUGCUUGUGAACAACAGUAUGACUACUCAUAUGAUGCUCGAUGUGACGUAUGGUCCUUGGGAAUAACAGCUAUUGAACUGGGGGAUGGAGACCCUCCUUUGUUUGACAUGCAUCCGGUGAAAACCCUUUUUAAAAUUCCAAGAAAUCCUCCUCCUACUUUGCUACAUCCUGAAAAAUGGUGCAGAGGAUUCAAUCAUUUCAUUUCACAGUGUCUUAUCAAGGAUUUUGAAAAGCGUCCUUCAGUCACCCAUCUUUUGGAGCAUCCGUUUAUUAAACAAGUACAUGGUAAAGAUAUGUCUCUGCAAAAACAGCUGGCUGAGCUCAUCCAAGAACAACAGCAGCUAGGGUCCAUAGCCAAAACAAGGCAUGAACGAAUACAUACUAGAAGACCUUACCAUGUGGAUGGAGCUGACAAGUACUCUCUAGAUGAUGAUCUGGUAAAUCUAGAAGUUCUAGAUGAGGAUACAAUUAUCCAUCAGCUGCAGAAACGCUAUGCUGACUUACAGAUUUAUACUUAUGUUGGAGACAUUUUAAUAGCCUUAAACCCAUUCCAGAAUCUCAGCAUUUAUUCUCCUCAGUUCUCCAAGCUUUAUCAUGGUGUAAAGCGUUCAUCAAAUCCCCCCCACAUAUUUGCCUCUGCCGAUGCUGCCUACCAAAGUAUGGUUACAUUCAGCAAAGAUCAGUGCAUUAUCAUCAGUGGGGAAAGUGGUGCUGGAAAGACAGAAAGUGCCCAUCUAAUCGUCCAACAUUUGACCUUCUUGGGAAAGGCCAAUAACCGUGCUUUGCGUGAGAAAAUUCUUCAGGUGAAUCCUCUGGUUGAAGCAUUUGGGAAUGCCUGCACUGCCAUCAAUGACAACUCAAGUCGCUUUGGAAAAUAUCUGGAAAUGAUGUUUACGCCCACGGGAGCUGUAAUGGGGGCAAAGAUUUCUGAAUAUCUACUUGAAAAAUCAAGGGUCAUAAAACAGGCUGUGGGAGAGAAAAAUUUCCAUAUAUUUUAUUAUAUUUAUGCUGGCCUUUAUCACCAGAAGAAACUUUCUGAAUAUAGACUUCCUGAUAAAAAGCCUCCUAGAUAUAUUGAUAAUGAAACUGGAGGAGUAAUGCAUGAUAUUGUUACUAAAGAUUCCUAUGGAAGACAAUUUGAAGCGAUUCAGCAUUGCUUUAGAAUUAUAGGAUUCACUGAUGAGGAAGUGUACUCAGUGUACAGAAUUCUGACUGGAAUCUUAAAUACUGGAAAUAUUGAGUUUGCUGCCAUUUCUUCACAACACCAAACAGAUAAAAGUGAGGUUCCCAACCCAGAAGCCUUAGAUAAUGCUGCUGCACUACUAAGCAUUGGGUCAGAAGAACUUCAAGAGGCCCUAACCUCCCACUGUGUUGUAACACGAGGAGAGACUAUUAUCCGAACAAACACUGUGGACAAAGCAGCUGACGUGCGAGAUGCCAUGUCUAAAGCACUUUAUGGCCGGCUCUUCAGCUGGAUCGUAAAUCGUAUUAAUACGCUGCUUCAGCCAGAUAAAAAUAUAUGCAAUGCUGAAAAUGGGAUGAAUGUUGGGAUACUAGACAUAUUUGGAUUUGAGAACUUCGCAAGAAAUUCCUUUGAACAGCUGUGCAUAAAUAUUGCUAAUGAACAGAUCCAGUUUUAUUUCAAUCAACAUAUCUUUGCACUUGAGCAGAUGGAAUAUCAGAGUGAAGGAAUUGAUGCUACUACAGUGGAGUAUGAGGACAACCGUCCACUUCUAGAUAUGUUCCUCCAGAAACCCAUGGGUCUCCUGUCUCUACUAGAUGAAGAAAGUCGAUUUCCUCAGGCAACAGACCUAACUUUAGUUGAUAAAUUUGAAGAUAACUUACGAUGCAAAUACUUUUGGAGACCAAAAGGAGUAGAACUGUCAUUUGGUAUUCAGCACUAUGCUGGAAAGGUAUUAUAUGAUGCCUGUGCAUUCCUUGAGAAGAACAGAGACACUCUUCCUGCUGAUGUAGUGGUGGUGUUGCGAACUUCAGAGAACAAACUUCUUCAGCAGCUGUUCUCUAGCCCGUUAACAAAAACAGGUAACUUGGCACAAGCAAGAGCCAGAGUGACAGCAGCAUCUAGGUCUUUGCCUUCACAGCUUAGUGCUGGGCGUAUCAAGUCUCCUAAAUAUCUCCUGAAGGUUGACACGAUGGAGGUUAUGCGACACCCUGACGAAACAACUAACAUGAAGCGGCAAACUAUGGCUUCCUAUUUUAGGUAUUCCCUCAUGGAUCUUUUAUCCAAAAUGGUUGUUGGACAGCCUCACUUUAUCCGCUGCAUUAAACCUAACGAUGAUCGAGAAGCACUGACAUUUUCUCAUGAGAGAGUUCUACUGCAGCUCCGAUACACUGGAAUUCUGGAAACUGUAAAAAUCCGUCAAAAAGGGUAUUCUCAUCGCAUCCUCUUUGAAGAGUUUGUGAAAAGCAGGAAAUACGAGGACAAAACAAUCAAAGGCAGGGAACAGAACCAUUCAGGGUUUAUCAGAUAUUAUUACCUUGCAUUCAAGGCACACGAGACUCCCCUUGGUAGCAGAGAAAACUGUCUUGCCAUCUUGGAAAAAUCUAAACUAGACAACUGGAUUCUUGGGAAAACCAAGGUUUUUCUAAAGUAUUACCAUAUAGAGCAGUUAAAUUUGUUCCUGCGAGAAGUUAUAGGGAGGGUGGUGGUCAUGCAAGCCUAUAUCAAGGGAUGGCUUGGAGCAAGGAGGUACAAGAAAGUCAAAGAGAAAAGAGAAAAUAGUGCUGUUACUGUACAGUCAGCCUGGAGAGGAUAUGAAGCUCGCAGGAAGUACAAGGAAAUAAGGAACAGAAGAACUGAUGCUGCUAUACAUAUUCAAGCAGCUUUCAGGGGAUAUAUUGUUCGUAAAAACUACACAAGGUUGAAAAACAGCACUGGCUGUGUAGCAGAUCCUCAGCUUAUGAGCAGCUGCUCUACUUCCGAUUUUGGCUGCGAAGAGCACUGGCAGCAAACCAGUAAGCAGUCUUAUCCUGUGGUGCCUGAUUUUCUUGACAAGCAAACAAAAAAGAAGGAUUUGGAUGAGAUUUCUGCUUCUCCAUUUAUUCGAAAACAUUCGUUCAACAUGAAUGAUUCACAAUCAAUUAGCCAAUCCCAGUCAGUUGCAGACCAUCAGUUGUCAAGUCCCUUGAGAUGCCAUAAAAAAGGAGGUUCAGAAAACUGUCUUGAACAGAAGCUGAGAACACCUCGUCGACGAUGUCAGCAGCCCAAAAUGCUGAAUAGCCCUGAGGACAACAUGUACUAUAACCAGUUAAAUGGAACUCUAGAAUAUCAAGGGAGCAAGAGGAAGCCAAGAAAACUUGGCCAAAUCAAAGUGCUGGAUGGAGAGGAUGAGUAUUACAAAUCAUUGUCAGCUGUUGAGUCUAUCCCUGAAGAUGACAGCUUUCUCAAUUCCCCAUCUCCUCCUUCUUCAAGAGAUGUGUCUUUUGCUCAAAGCUGA